GUGUCAGUUUCCCCUGACGUCAGCGGGCGGGCCGGCAGCCCUGCUGUUUACCGCCUCGCGGCCCGGCACAGUCCCCGGAGUUGGGAGCCCCGGGGCUGCGGCGGCCGCCCGCCCUUAAAGGGCCCGCGCCCCCAGGAAACGCGCCGCGCCGCGCGGCGUCGGGUCGCUGCCACUUAUCACGCUCCUCACCCUCAGACCCUCCUCCCUUCCCGGCCGCCCCCGCCGCCGGCUUCCGUCCCUCCCUCCCCUUUCCCCGGCGUCUCCAAGCUCCCAGCAACCAGCCGCCCCCUGGCUCUCCCGGCCCCCGCCGGCGGCCGCGGGGUCUCCGGCCGCGCUCUGCCCCUCGCGAGCUGGCCCGUACCCCACACCCUCCCCUCCCUCUCCCGCCGCCCCUGCUCGCCAGGCCCCCUAGGAGCGUCUCUGCGGCUCCGGGGAGGAGACGUUUCCUAAUCUCAGGCCGGGGUUAAAGUUCUGGUCCUGGUGAGAUGCUGGAAGCUGCGGCCGGAGCCGCAACCCGUCCCGGAGGUGUUCUGUCGCCUGUCACCGUCCCCACCACAACCGCUGCCGCCGCCACCGCCGCCUUGCCGGGGCCAUGUUCGCUCUGGGCUUGCCCUUCUUGGCGCUCUUGGUGGCCUCGGUCGAGAGCCAUCUGGGGGUUCUGGGGCCCAAGAACGUCUCGCAGAAAGACGCCGAGUUUGAGCGCACCUACGUGGAUGAGGUCAACAGCGAGCUGGUCAACAUCUACACCUUCAACCACACUGUGACCCGAAACCGGACAGAAGGCGUGCGUGUGUCUGUGAAUGUCCUGAACAAGCAGAAGGGGGCUCCUUUGCUGUUUGUGGUCCGCCAGAAGGAGGCUGUGGUGUCCUUCCAGGUGCCCCUAAUCCUGCGAGGGCUGUAUCAGCGGAAGUACCUCUACCAAAAGGUGGAGCGAACGCUGUGCCAGCCUCCCACCAAGAACGAGUCCGAGGUCCAGUUCUUCUACGUGGAUGUGUCCACCCUGUCACUAGUCAACACCACCUACCAGCUCCGGGUCAGCCGGAUGGACGACUUCGUGCUCAGGACUGGGGAGCAGUUUAGCUUCAAUACCACAGCAGCCCAGCCCCAGUACUUCAAGUAUGAGUUCCCGGAGGGAGUGGACUCGGUGAUUGUCAAGGUGACCUCCAACAAGGCCUUCCCCUGCUCAGUCAUCUCCAUCCAGGAUGUCCUGUGCCCUGUAUAUGAUCUAGACAACAACGUAGCCUUCAUCGGCAUGUACCAGACUAUGACCAAGAAGGCCGCCAUCACUGUGCAGUCCCUGAGGUUUGGGGCUCUGCAAUUUAUGUGA